ACAAACCUUUAAAAACCCAAUACACUGAACAUUUGGCACGUAGCCAUACCAAACAGUUAGUUCAGUGUAUGAAAAUCAAUUGUACGAUUUAUUGUGUGAAAAAGCGUUAUUCUGGAUUUAUUUCACCGGGAAAGCUCGAAGCUUUAAGUCAACACUUUUGAAGUUAAGUUUCAGGUUUUAAGACUAUCAUAUAACAGAAUGUCGUGGGGAUAUGGAAACGAUAACGGACCUUGCACUUGGUGUAACCAGUUCCCUAUAGCCAAUGGGAAAAGACAAUCGCCAAUCGAUAUUUGCCCAGACAAGAUAGCCUGUGACCAACAACUAGCUAAUUCUCCAUUGGUGGUCAAAUAUCAAAAAGAACCAAAAGCCGAGGCAAUGAACACAGGAAAAUCAGUCAAAGUACAAGCAACCAAAGCAUCAGAAAUAUCAGGAGGACCCUUAACAGGGACAUACAGAUUAGAACAGUUUCAUUUUCAUUGGGGAGCAGACGACAACAAAGGUUCUGAACACACAAUCAAUGGCAAGAUGUACGCUGCAGAGCUACAUUUAGUACAUUACAAUACCAAAUAUGCCAAUUUUGGAGAGGCCGUAGACAAACCAGAUGGCCUUGCCGUGUUCGGAUUUUUUAUCAAGCCUGGAGCAAAGCAUGUCGGUAUGAAAGAAUUAACAGAUAACACAUUAUGUAGUAUAAUAGCAGAGGGGAAAACAUGUAAUAUGCCUUGUGAUUUAGACAUGGCCAGUCUUCUCAACUCUGAUUUGACAAAAUACUGGACCUACCUGGGUUCUUUGACAACACCACCAUUAUAUGAAAGCGUUACAUGGAUUGUCUUUCAAGAUCCAAUUGAAAUGUCUAAUGACCAAUUACAAGCCCUACGAAACCUAAAAUGUGGCAACAACUGUAUAGUAGACAACUAUAGGCCACCUGUGCCACUUGGCGACAGAACAGUCCGAGCAUCAUUUUAAAACUAAUAACAUUUAACAUGGAUCCAAAAUUGGUAAUCUCAUUCAAUGAACUUGUGUACUAUAUCAUGGUUCCCUUUGUCUCCGAUGUUUUAGAUCAUGCAGUAUUACGUCUUUUAAAAAUUGCUGUACAAUUGCAAAAUCAUUGUAAAGUUCUUAACUGAAUAAGUCGAUUGGGUCUUACGUUGUAUUUAGGUACGAAGUUUUUUUUAAAACGUCAUUGUAUCAUUCUGGAUUGGGUCUUACGUUGUAUUAAGAUACCCGAUACACUUCUCUUUUAAGUAAUACUCAUACGAUCAUAAAAGAAAUAUUAUAAUUAUAUCUAUGAUGACUUUAAUGUCAAUUUGUACACGGUACAUCUAAGUUUUCUUUAUAUUAACCACGAUCAUUGUAAGAAGACAGACAACUCUACUAUUUUUUAGUUCCUCCUUGUGGGUAUUCUUAUUAUGAUAUUGCAUUGUACUGAACUUUUGUAUGUGAAAAAGUGCUAGCUAUUUUAUAAAGUUUUCAAAUCAUAUGUGCAAACAGUUUGAAUUUUAUUAUGACAAAAGUGCUAUUUUCUAAAGUCUUGAAAUCAUUUUAUUAAGUGCUAACAAUUUUAAUUUUUAAUAUCCGAAAAAUGUGCUAUGUGACGUGUUAGUCUUAUGUUUUACAUGUUUUACAUUUGUUAUUCCAGCAUGUAUUUUAGUACUAUAAUAAUGAUUAUAAAUUGUUCAUUGGCAAUUUUCUACAAUUGUUAUACAAUAUUAAUAUAACCAUACAAAUAUUUGUGUAAUUUACAUGUUUUGCCGAGAUAUGCUUUUUAUAAAUAUGUAUAAAUGUGAAGGGAUUCAAAAUUACAUUCUUAAUAAAAGACACGUUCGGAGCA